AUGCAGACGUGGGAACUGUUUCUUAGCGAGGGCUGGUGCAUCCCGGCCAGCAUGGGUGCUACCAGGAGGAGGGAGAUCCAGUGUCCUUAUUACAUAGAAGACUCAGGAACCCACGUGGGGUGUCACCUGGGUAACCUGUCAGGAUUAACCUCUCGCAAUUACUUCCUGGUUAACGGAACCAGCCAAGAAAUUGGCAUCCAAUUCUUCGAUUCACUUUUGGACACAAAGAAAAUAGAACGAUUUAACCCGCCCGGUAAUGUCACUGUCCGCUGCAACACGACGCACUGCCUCGUACGGUGGAAACAGCCCAGGACCUAUCAGAAGCUGUCGUACUUGGACUUUCAGUACCAGCUGGACGUCCACAGAAAGAAUACCCAGCCUGGCACUGAAAACCUACCGAUCAACGUUUCUGGUGACUUGGAAAAUAGAUACAACUUUCCAAGCUCUGAACCCAGAGCAAAACAUGCUGUGAAGAUCAGAGCUGCAGACGUCCGCAUCCUGAACUGGAGUUCCUGGAGUGAAGCCACUGAAUUUGGCUCCGACGACCGAAACCCCAGCUCUGUGCACAUUUACGUGCUCCUGAUCCUGGGAACCCUUGUCUGUGGCCUCGUCUUUGGCUUCCUCUUUAAAAGGGUACAGCGACUGUUCCCGCCAGUUCCACAGAUCAAAGACAAACUGAAUGAUAACCAUGAUGUGGAAGACGAGAUCAUCUGGGAGGAAUUCACCCCAGAGGAAGGGAAGAGCUACCGUGAAGAGGUGUUGACCGUGAAGGAAAUUACCUGAGGCCCGGUGGGUGUGGGAAUGGCGUGGACAUCUCCGCCUCCGAGACACUGAGCCUUUAUAUCAUUGUCUACGUUUUUAUUUAAAAACAUGAUAUUUGGGUCCAGGCACGGUGGCUCAUGCCUGUCAUCCCAGCACUUUGGGAGGCCAAGGUGGGUGGACGACCUGAGGUCAGGAGUUCCAGACCAGCCUGGCCAACA